ACUCUCAAGUGAAUGGCUGUCCUUUUUACACACCGUCCUGUCCGAGCACCACAUCAAACUCUUUAUUGUAAGUUCUCUCUCCUUACUUUCUUCUUCCAUAUCUACUCAAUGGCAGCUCUGCAAUCUCUUGCAUUUGCCUCCCCAGUUUCGCAUUACCUGCAGCAACCGCGUUCUUUCCCAGGCUUAGUAUCUUGGGCUGUCCAUCUUAGUGCAAAAUCCCCAUUCAAUGGCCAAUCUUUGCGCCUGUCCCAUCUGCAUUUGGGUUUGAUUAGGCAAAAAACACCAAGAUUUAUUACAAUGAUGGUCAAACCAACAAUUCAAUUUAUCCAAGGAACUGAUGAACAGACAAUACCGGAUGUAAGGCUAACCAAGUCAAAGGAUGGUACAAAUGGCGUGGCCAUUUUUUCAUUUGAUCAGCCUUCUGUUUUUGACUCGUCUGUUGAACUUGGUGAUAUAACUGGUUUUUACAUGAUUGAUAAAGAAGGCGUUCUCCAAUCAGUUGAUGUUAAUGCUAAAUUUGUAAAUGGAAAGCCAUCCCGAGUUGAGGCAAAAUAUGUCAUGCGUUCUCCUCGGGAUUGGGACAGAUUCAUGAGAUUCAUGGAGCGAUAUGCUAAUGCAAAUGGAUUGCAAUUCGUCAAAAGUUGAGGCAAUGUAUAGAAUGUAUAUCCUUUACUUCUGUUUUGCACCUGUCACCACAUUUAUUUUGUUUAAUUUAGUCAAGAAAACUUAAGGCAUCCAUUAAUGUGCGUGUAGGAUGCAUGCAGCUAUCGUAUUCCUCCUCUCUUCUUAACAAAUUUUGCAGUUCAUAGAGUAUGAUUUCCAUUCUUCGUUAUGUAAUUAAAUGUACAAGUCGUCUUAGAACUUGUUCUCCCUAUAUUAAAUCUCUUAUUUAAUGUAUAAAAAAAGGUUCAUAGUUGAUCAGUAUGGACUAAUUAUGCACCUUAUAAUAAGCAACUCUGCAAUGGGCACUUCUUAACAUUAAUUAAGUUGUAGAGCACUGAUAUAUAACAUGUUUACUUAUCCUUGAA